CUCUGUUUCCUUUUCUCAACAUUUGGGAAGCUCCUAACUGUCGUCACCAGAUUUUGUGAAAUUUUGUUCGCAAAAAUGAAAAAUGCGAAUAUUCAUGAAAUCUCCACCGUACGCCAGACAUUCGAAUUUCGAAGGUCCAGAGAACUCGAACGGUUAGCGGAUUGAUAAGGCAAAGGAUACCGUACCCCAAAAGAAGCGCCACUAGUUUGAGCUCUGACUCUGAGCUUGAACCAUGGCGCUGUCGUGGAGCAGCUCCUAUGUCCUUCCGGCUUCUACCUGCAACAAUGGCUCGAUUUUUCACCGGAGUUUCAUGGGCCAUGAACCUUUUCCAUCAGUUGUAAGAACUACGAGGAGGGCCUCUCUGAUGACCUCCAUUAAAGCCAAGCUCGGAGAGAGGAGCGCCUUAGAGUACAGGAAGCUUGGGGACUCUGAUCUUCACAUUAGCGAAAUUACUCUCGGAACUAUGACAUUUGGACAACAAAAUACUGAGAAAGAGGCUCAUGAAAUUCUUAAUUAUGCUUUUGAACGUGGGAUUAAUUCCUUAGACACAGCAGAGGCUUAUCCAAUUCCUAUGAGCAAGGAGACGCAAGGAAGAACAGAUCUGUAUAUUGGUAGCUGGUUGAGGUCUCAACCCCGUGACAAAGUUAUUCUGGCAACAAAAGUGUGUGGUUAUUCAGAAAGGUCAACUUAUUUGCGUGAUAAUGCAAAGCUUUUGCGGGUUGAUGCUGCCAAUAUUAGAGAAAGUGUUGAGAAAAGCCUUAAGCGCCUUAACACAGAUUACAUUGAUUUACUGCAAAUUCAUUGGCCUGAUCGCUAUGUGUCAUUGUUUGGUGAGCUUUUCUAUGAUCCUUCGAAAUGGAGGCCAAGUGUUCCAUUUGUCGAGCAACUCAAGGCCUUUCAGGACCUGAUUGAUGAAGGAAAGGUACGCUACAUUGGUGUUUCAAAUGAAACGUCAUAUGGAGUGAUGGAGUUUGUUCAUGCGGCAAAAGUUGGAGGGCUACCAAAGAUUGUCAGUAUCCAAAACAGCUACAGUCUGCUGGUUAGAUGUCAAUUUGAAAUUGAUCUUGUUGAAGUCUGCCACCCAAACAAUUGCAAUGUUGGGUUGCUUGCUUAUUCCCCACUGGGUGGGGGAGCACUGACUGGAAAGUACCUGGAUAUUAAUUCCCAAGCUGCAAGGAAAGGAAGGCUCAAUCUCUUCCCUCGAUAUAUGGAAAGAUAUAACAAGUCUCUUGCCAAGGAAGCAACAAUGCAAUAUGUUCAGCUGGCCAAAAAAUAUGGCCUAACUCUAGUUCAGCUUGCUCUUGGAUUUGCGCGAGAUCGUCCAUUUAUGACAAGCUCAAUUGUUGGUGCUACUUCGGUUGACCAACUAAAAGAAGAUAUUGAUGCUUUUGUGAUGACAGAGCGGCCUUUACCACCUCAAGUCUUGGCAGAUAUUGAGGAUGUUUUCAAUAGAUACAGGGAUCCGACCAUCUUAUAAGACAAUGGGUUUGAGAAAAGGGCAUGGCUUCUUGUCUCAUACUUUCCCCCUUCUUUAGUAGCUUGUAAUUGCUGAAUUUUGUUCUUUCAGAAAAGGAAAAUUUGAAGGCUCGUGAAACACAAUAAAUGGAAAAUGUGUUGUGGAUAGUUGUUAUCAUCAACUUGUUGCAACUUAUUUUUGCGGUAAAUUAAAUAAACCAGUGAGAAAUUUUAGUC